AUGGGCAGCAGCACCACCGUGGCUUCCCCCAACAUCACCCUCCUGCCGCCACGCACCGACCCGACCCCGGCCCCGGCUGAAACCUCCGUGCUGGAGCAUCCGGGGGGAGAAGGGCAGCGGGCAUCACCCGCUGCAGAAGGCUCCUCUGAAGUGGUUUCAGGGCCAAAAUUCACCGCCGGGCUGCGGUGUCGCCUGGUCCCCGCCGCCGAGCCCGGGACCGCCUUCACCCUGGAGUUUCGCUGCGGGAAGGUGGCCUUUCGCGACGGGGAGGGUCGCUACCUCGCCCCCUCGGGACCCAGCGGCACCCUCAAGGCGGGCAAGAGCGCCAAGGUGGGCAAAGACGAGCUCUUCGCCCUCGAACAGAGCUGCCCGCAGGUCGUGCUCCGGGCCGGCAACGACAGGAAUGUCUCCACCCGGCAAGGGAUGGACCUCUCGGCCAACCAAGAUGAGGAGGGGGACCAGGAGACCUACCAGCUGGAGAUCAACAAGGACACCAAGAAAUGCGCCUUCAGGACCUACACUGGGAAGUACUGGACCCUCACUUCCAACGGGGGCAUCCAGUCCACCGCCUCCACAAAGAACGCGAGCUGCUAUUUCGACAUUGAGUGGUGCGACAAGCGCAUCACCCUGAAAGCUGCCAACGGCAAGUACGUGACGGCGAAGAAGAACGGGCAGCUGGCGGCCUCCAUGGAGACGGCGGGCGAGACAGAGCAUGUCGGGACCGGCCCCCUGGACUCCAACCGCUCCUCCUACGACGUCUUCCAGCUGGAGUUCAACGACGGAGCCUACAACAUCAAGGAUACCACCGGGAAGUACUGGAUGGUGGGGAGCGAGUCGUCCGUCACCAGCAGCAGCGACACCCCCGUGGACUUCUUUUUUGAGUUCUGCGACUAUAACAAAGUGGCUAUCAAAAUCAAUGGCAAAUACCUGAAGGGUGACCACGCCGGGGUCCUCAAGGCAUCCGCCGACACCAUUGACGCCUCCACUCUCUGGGAAUAUUAA